AUGUCUAAAGUAACGAAGAAAGUUUACGAAGCUCGCUCCAUUUACCCGGACCGCACAAAGUCCGAGGAGAAGUCAUUCACCGAGGUUAAUGUCCUCGUCAAGACUUUGGACACGGCGCUGCUGCUGCUCAGCUCCAAGGAGGAAUGCGUCCUGUUGACUGUCUUCAGUCACAUAAUGGACUUUGCGCGGCGCCAGGACGAGAAUGUACUGGAGCUGAAGGAGCAUAAAAUGCUGGAAGUGCUGCUGGAGAAGCAAAUCUUCAUUGAUUCGGAGAACGUUAUCAUCCGACGCUUUGCCUUGUACCUCAUGAACGCCUUAAUGGACAACACGGACAUGAAAACGCUCGAGCCCGAGACGACUGAAGGCAUCCUGGAGGUGGCCUAUAGUUUCUACCUGCAGGAAACUGACGAUUUCUGCAUAGAAUAUCUCUCGCACCUGCUAAACAUGUGCCUGCGCGAUCCCAAAGUGGCCCAGGGAAUUGUGGAGAACUUGGAGCUCUUGCAGAAGUUCAAGGCAGUGAUUGCCACCUCCGAGAAUCCCGACACCAUUCAUAACUCCAUCGAGGCCGUUCACAAGAUCCUUCUGAUCCAGAGUGCAGAGGAGAUGUUGGAGUUCACCACUCUUCCCGACUUUCCCAUCGAUCGCAUUAUCUGCGAGGUGACCAGCAAAUACCAGGAGAUUCGGCUUGCGGCCCUGAAAGUCUUGAAGACCCUCCUGGUGGACACCGGCGACCAGAGUGCGUUUGAGCCGCUGCAUCGCUGCUUCCAUGUCCUGGAGCAGCUAGUCAAAGCAUUUUGCGAAGAUCCGCAAGGACCGGAUGCGGUCGAGAUCAUUGAGGUGCUGGCCACGGCUCUCCGGUCGGAGAAGAUGACCAAGCUGUUCUUCGAGCAUAACCUCUUCGACCUUAUUGUCGAGCACCUGAAGGACCAAAUCGAUAUCCUGUCCCUUGAGCUGCGCUGCACCAUCAUAUCCAUCUUCGCGGAAACUGCGAAGUACGUGCAGUAUCUGGUGAGGAUGCACACUGCCGAGAUCACGGACAUGUUCCUCGGCUGCCUCAUGGAGAACGACCCGGCACCGGCCACCUUCGUGAUCCUCGGGCUCAACCGCAUGGCUGAUAAUCCGGACGCACUGCGUCGAAUUGUGACCGAGUUUGAUGAGGGGGCUCUGCAGAAGCUAGUGUCCAUUUUCCAGUCCCCGGAGGUGAUCAUCAAGACCCGGGAGCAGGCAGCCGAGUUUAUCAAUCGCCUCCUGACCGGAGCCUAUCGUGACACGGCUGGAGAGCUGAUGGACUUGGACAUUCCAGGAGUCCUGACCACCACCAUUCAGCAGGGCCUGCCUAAUCUCUCCAUUGAUUUGAUCCUCUCUCUGCUGGUAAUCGUCGAGAGUUUGGCCCAGAACGAGGAGUACCGAACAGUCCUGGGCCAGCAUCGUCCGCUCACCGAGCAGAUUGCUCAACUUCUGAUGCGCUCCUAUGCCCAUUCCAUUCUCGUGAACAACAUCUUCCGUUGCCUGUGCACCAUCGUCGAUGAGCAGGAUGUUCGUGAGGUGCUGCUUGAGAACUACAUUGUGUCCUCCAUCAAGCGGGCUCUGAAGUCGCUCUCUAAUCUGGUCAAGACGGCGGUGACCAACUUCAUUCUGCAGACCACGCGCUUUAGCGAAUUCAUCGACGCCUACAUAGAUCGCGGCAUUCUGGAAGUCCUGAUGCUGUUCCAGAAACACGCCUUCUGCGUGUCCACCUGGGGACCGGCAAUCGAGAGCAUCCUCUCUAAGUGCCCCACGAUGAAGUUCUGCAUUAGAAACUGCCUAACCUUCACCGACAUCACUGCCGGCAAGGACUUUUAUGUGUCCAGAAAGAAGUUUGACGACUUUCGCACAUUCCAGGACAUUCUACGCAACGACUGCUCUCCUCUGGAGGCCGUUCUAGUGGUCAAUUUUGACCGAUUGGAGGCGGAUGAGGCGGAUCUGAUGAGAGUUCCGUCGUUCUGCCUUCCGAUGUCCGAUGGUGCCGGUGACCAUACUUGGUGCUACUGCAAGCGUCCUGCCGAUCCCCAUCUACCCAAAUAUCUGGAGACGCUUAAUCAAACCCUAAUGAUGCACGGCCUGGUGGAGAAUCCGCCAAAGGUGCGCAGCGCCAUCGAUUUUGAUAACGUGGCUAAGCGCACCAAGAUCAUUGCCGAGGUCGUGCACAAUGUGAUGAACGAUAACCUCAAGAUCCUCGACCUCAACUCGACGGAGGAGUGUUCCCGCCACGCGGUGCGAUGCCACCUUCAGGAACUGCGCUACGUCUACCACACUAACUUCAUACCCCUGGGCGUGGUGCACAGUGGCUGCCAGUUUGAGCGCGCCAUUCUCUUCAAGGCCCUAGCCGAUCAGAUCGGCCUGCCCUGCACCCUGGAGCGCAGUGUCGACGGCCGGAUGCUGUACAACGAGGUGCCGAUGCCGCUGGAGAUCGACAAGGAUGUUCACUGCGACAAGAAGACCCUCCAGUUUAUGCCCUGGCGCAUGCUGCGCCCCACCCACGUCGUCGAUCUCAUGUACAACGUGGGCGACCUGUAUCCGAUGCAGAGUCGCCAGGCACUGCAGUAUCUGCGCCUCUAUUGAUCACUGAGAUUUUUGUACUUAAUCUUUUUUCCAGCUUCCAUUUCAAAAUUUCCUGUCGCACCAUUUAUCGAAUGGGCUUGUAAUCGAGUUUAUUAAAGGGGCCCAAGAAUCAGUA